ACUCCUCACCUUCCACACUUCCCUUCUCUCUCACCCUUUUCCAAACUCUCCCUUUUUUCUUAUUUCAUUUCUCGCUCUCCAAACGUUAACAAAUCAAUCAGAUGGCAUCUCCUCCACACCCAAACCUUGAGCUCCGACCCUUAGGAAACACGGGUCUCAAACUUAGCUGCGUCGGUUUUGGAGCUUCCCCCCUUGGCAGUGUCUUCGGCCCUGUCUCUGAACACGACGCCAUCUCCUCUGUCCGCGAGGCCUUCGACCUUGGCAUCAAUUUCUUUGACACUUCUCCGUAUUAUGGAGGGACAUUGUCAGAGAAGAUGCUUGGUAAGGGACUUAAAGCUCUAGGAGUUCCGAGAAAUGAAUAUAUUGUGUCCACAAAGUGUGGGAGGUACGUGGAGGGCUUUGAUUUUAGUGCUGAGAGAGUGACUAAGAGUAUUGAUGAGAGCUUGGCAAGAUUGCAGUUGGAUUAUGUUGAUAUACUCCAAUGCCAUGAUAUUGAAUUUGGGUCUCUUGAUCAGAUUGUGAAUGAAACAAUUCCUGCGCUACAGAAACUGAGGGAAGCAGGGAAGAUUCGUUUUAUCGGUAUAACCGGGCUGCCAUUAAGUGUAUUUACAUAUGUUCUUGAUCGAGUGCCACCAGGCACUGUUGAUGUUAUUCUGUCAUAUUGCCGCUACAGUGUUAAUGAUUCUACAUUGGUGGAUUUAUUGCCUUACUUGAAGAGCAAAGGUGUAGGUGUAAUUAGUGCUUCUCCACUUGCAAUGGGGUUACUUACAGAGAAUGGUCCUCCAGAGUGGCAUCCAGCUUCUGCUGAACUUAAGUCUGCAUGUCAAGCUGCUGCUGCCUUCUGUAAAGCGAAGGGGAAGAAUAUUUCAAAGUUAGCAAUGCAAUACAGUUUGGCAAAUAAAGAUAUAUCCUCGGUGCUGGUUGGCAUGAACUCUGUUAGACAGGUCAAGGAGAAUGUUUAUGCCGCUACGGAACUUGCUACAUUUGGCAAGGAUCAGGAAACUUUAUCAGAAGUUGAAGCAAUUCUGAGCCCUGUGAAGAAUCAGACUUGGCCUAGUGGAAUCCAAGAGAGCUGAUUCUUUGCUGUCCUAUGACCACUCCACCUUUGUACUUCGUGCAGUUCAAAUUGCCAUUAGCAGUUCGCCUAAUCCAUAUUAGUUGCAUUGGAGGGCCCAUUCUAUUAUGAGCGUGUUUGGUAUUGCGGUUGUUGUUGUGGUUGUAGUUUUAAAAAAGUUGUUUUAUAAAAAGUACUUUUAGUUGA